AUGUCAAGCUAUUACCAAUCUUCACAAUAUCAAGCUAUUACCAAUCUUCACAAUGUCAAGCUAUUACCAAUCUUCACAAUAUCAAGCUAUUACCAAUCUUCACAAUGUCAAGAUAUUACCAACUUCAUCUUCACAAUGUCAAGCUAUUACAAACUUCAUCUUCACAAUGGCAAGCUAUUACAAACUUCAUCUUUACAAUGUCAAGCUAUUACCAACUUCAUCUUCACAAUGUCAUGCUAUUACAAACUUCAUCUUCACAAUGUCAAGCUAUUACAAACUUCAUCUUCACAAUGUCAAGCUAUUACAAACUUCAUCUUCACAAAGUCAAGCUAUUACCAACUUCAUCUUCACAAUGUCAAGCUAUUACAAACUUCAUCUUCACAAUGUCAAGCUAUUACCAACUUCAUCUUCACAAUGUCAAGCUAUUACAAACUUCAUCUUCACAAUGGCAAGCUAUUACAAACUUCAUCUUCACAAUGUCAAGCUUUUACAAACUUCAUCUUCACAAUGUCAAGAUAUUACCAACUUCAUCUUCACAAUGUCAAGCUAUUACCAACUUCAUCUUCACAAUGUCAAGCUAUUACCAACUUCAUCUUCACAAUGUCAUGCUAUUACAAACUUCAUCUUCACAAUGUAAAGCUUUUACAAACUCCAUCUGCACAAUGUCAAGAUAUUACCAACUUCAUCUUCACAAUGUCAAGCUGUUACAAACUUCAUCUGCACAAUGUCAAGAUAUUACCAACUUCAUCUUCACAAUGUCAAGAUAUUACCAACUUCAUCUUCACAAUGUCAAGCUGUUACAAACUUCAUCUUCACAAUGUCAAGCUAUUACCAACUUCAUCUUCACAAUGUCAAGCUAUUACAAACUUCAUCUUCACAAUGUCAAGCUAUUACAAACUUCAUCUUCACAAUGGCAAGCUGUUACAAACUUCAUCUUCACAAUGUCAAGCUAUUACCAACUUCAUCUUCACAAUGUCAAGCUAUUACCAACUUCAUCUUCACAAUGUCAAGAUAUUACCAACUUCAUCUUCACAAUGGCAAGCUGUUACAAACUUCAUCUUCAUAAUGGCAAGCUAUUACAAACUUCAUCUUCAUAAUGUCAAGCUAUUACCAACUUUAUCUUCACAAUGUCAAGACAUUACCAACUUCAUCUUCACAAUGUCAAGCUAUUACCAACUUCAUCUUCACAAUGUCAAGCUAUUACCAACUUCAUCUUCACAAUGUCAAGCUAUUACCAACUAUGCUUCACAAUGGCAAGCUAUUACAAACUUCAUCUUCACAAUAUCAAGCUAUUACCAACUUCAUCUUCACAAUGUCAAGCUAUUACUAACUUCAUCUUCACAAUGUCAAGCUGUUACAAACUUCAUCUUCAUAAUGUCAAGCUAUUACCAACUUCAUCUUCACAAUGUCAAACUAUUACCAACUAUGCUUCACAAAGUCAAGCUGUUACCAACUUCAUCUUCACAAUGGCAAGCUGUUACAAACUUCAUCUGCACAAUGUCAAACUAUUACCAACUUCAUCUUCACAAUACGACAUCGCUUUACGGAAACUGUCGAGAUCUAUCGAAUGAUACCGACAAUAUCGGCCACAAUGAAUUGCAGGAAUUUGUAAUAUUUCAAGGGAGGACGUUAAUAUCAACUCAGAUGAAAGAAGAACGAAUAUUCGCUAAAAAUAAUAUACGGCUUCGACGUUUACGAUCCAAGGGCGAAAAGGGUUUAAAUAUAUCAAAUUAA